AUGCUUAUUCUUUCUCUCGUCUUCGUUUUCUUUGGAGAAGAGACUGUAACUUGUGUCUUUCUUUCUUUCUUUCUUUAUCUCUCUUCUUAUUUUAUAUUUUACCUUUUUUUAGAUGAGAAUAUAUCUUGUCUUUCUUUCUUUUCUUUUUUUCGACUAUAUCAUGCGCAUAAUGAUUUAAGUCUCUUUCCACCUCUCUUUUCUACCUCUGUCUUUUCAUUUCUCUCUUUCUCCUUCUCUUGCUUUCCACCUUUCUAUCUUCUCACCUCUCGCUUUCCACCAUUUUCCCCACCUUUCUCUUUCCACACUUGUCUUUCCACCUUUCUCUUUCCACCUUUCUGUCUUUCUACCUCUCUCUUUCCACCUCUACCCUUCCACCCUCUUUUAUUCCACCAUUCUCUCUUUCCACCUCUCUUUCUUUCCGCCUAUAUCUCUCUUUCCACCUCUCUUUCUUUCCGCCUAUAUCUCUCUUUCCACCUCUCUUUCUUUCCACCUCACUCUCUUUCUAUCUAUCUAUCUCUUUCCACUGCUCUCUCUUUCCACCUUCAACAGAUCACGGGUAGUAUAAUAUUAAAAGUCUGUGAAUCAGGCUUUUCGGGAAUCGAAAUCGGGAAUGUGAUUUUCUUUACACCACUCUCUUUUCCCCUCUCUCUUUCCACCUUCUCUUUCCUGCUCUCUGUCUUUCCACCUCUCUAUCUCCUCACCUCUCUCUUCCCGCACCACUCUCUUUUUAUCUAUCAUUCCACCUCUCACUUUCCACCCUUAUCUUUCCACCUAUCUGUCUUUCCACCUCUCUCUCUCUUUUCACCUGUCUCUUUCCCCCUCUCUCUUUCUAUUACUCUGUUUUUCAACAUCUCUCUUUCCACACCUCACUUUCCACUUCUCUGUCUUUCCACCUCUCUCAUUUCACCUCUCUGUUUUUCCAACUCUCCCUAUUUUCACCUGUCCCUCUUUCCACCUCUCUGUUCUUCCGUUCAUAACAACUCAAACUCACAAGAAACUGACCAAUACAAUGGUCACUCGAAUAAUGCUAAAACAAGCAUUGUAACGUUAGAUAUUGUCCAGUUGGCCGUGUUCAUUCGUCCGCCUAACCGACCGACAGAACAGUUGGUCAGCCUCUCAUCGGACAGCACGACUAUUUGUUCGCAUGCUCCAUCCGUCUGGCUAUUUGCUUAA